AUGACCCAAGCAGCAAACUCGUACGAGCCGAUCACCUCGUCCCGUCCCAGUCAGCCGACGACGGUCACAGAGACCGAUGCACCAGGGAGCGCAAGAUCGCCAGGCGUAACAAAUCAGCGAGAUGUCGAAUAUGCCAACAGCUUUGGACCCAAUGCGCCGUCAAGGUACCUUCUCUUUCCCGCACGCGCGAAUGUCACAGUCAUCGAACUCCUCACCUACCUACCGAACAGCAUACAUUGCGCAGACUUCGUGCAUCGCUUCUUCGCCAAUGACGGGUCCUUCCCUCUGUUGUGCGCAAUCGUAAACCAACAGAGGAAUCUAUCGAGCGAAUGGGGUAAGCAUGGCGGCCGACAGUCCAUGUACGACGCGAUUAAGAGGGCUGAAAACAAAAGAUGGGGAACCAAUUCGCUUGCUACCUUGCAUAAGCAGAGGAACAAAACCCAGGACGAGGCGAGUGUCGAUGUUGGAGGAUAUAAGACGCCUGGACAGCUGUGGAAGAAGCAGAAGGUCGUAAAGAACGUGCCAUUCAGAAAUCUGGCGUUGGACGUGAAGCAGAUUCCACAAGGCGACGAUGCACUCGAUCUGACCAGAAUGGUUCGAUAUUAUGGGGAGCAUCCACUUGAACCGUGGCUGUACCCAGACGAUUGUGACGCACUACUCGGUCUUUUGGGCGGCCCCAGUGCGAUACGGCCCGGACACACUGACCGCGAAGCAUUCAAGAGACGAACUCAAGUCAAAUCUUCACAAGGGCAUGAUCCGCAGCCGAAUGUUCUGAUGGAAGCGCACGAGAGGGAUGGAGAACUCAAAAAGAGAAGGGCGGGUAGCUCCGCGAGGACGACAGGACAGAAAAGAAAGCUGCAAGCAGUGACGCCAUCAUCACCAGCGUGGUCAACGAGUGAGACUCCAAUGCCGAAAACACAGAAGAAGAGGAGAAAAAGAGGAGCAGACAAAGCAGCCGAGAUCAGAGAAGAGGCAAAGUCCGAUGAAUAUGCCUCGCCCCCAGAUGACGCCAUAUUGCCACUUCCCGAAGCCUUUACCGAAGCAAUGCACCCAGUAAGCGAAGCCUUGAACAAUACUUUCCUUCGAGAGGGGCAAGUUGGGGAAGACGAUCCGUACAGUGCCUAUGCCUUUGGAGGACCCCGCCAUACACCGCCGUUCCGACGACUUUACCUCAUUCAACAACCAGAUCCAGCAGGUAACAGUGGGUGGGCAGAGAACUUGCGGUGGGCGUUUGUACAGAACACUCUUUAUCGCGACCCAUAUCGCCCUGAUGCCUGGAAUGAGAGUCCGGAGCACAUGGAGCAAAUCGUACAGAUUAGGAGAGAGCUGUGUUGGAUGUCAGAAGAAUACCAGGAGCAGUUGGAUGAGGACGCAAGUGAUUGGGCAGAGGACGCGCUAGGAGCUGAAAACACUUGA